GAAGCAUCUGUCAAGCUCGAGUCGCAAAACGAAAAUUUUUUGAAAGUGUCGUAAAGUUCUAGAUAAAAUUGUUGCUUGCAACGCAUCCAAAACAAACCGUGCUGCACUGGCAUCGGUGGACAGCGGUUUGGGCAAGGUGACUGGUAUCACGAAAGCAAACCUGUGCACGCCGAAAGCAUAACGCUCGGGAUGCCUAUAACGCGAUAUUCGCGUGCCAGCGGUAGAGGCAACUACUAUCACCGCGGUCCCGUAAAAUUGUACCGAAGGCGCGGAGGUGGCGGCGGCGUCGGCGGUGGUGGUCACAAUGGUCAGAUACUGCGAGAAUACCAAACAAACCAAAGCCAUCCUGCCGCACCCGCCUACACCACAUACCACGGACAGAUGGAGCGUCGGCCGAGAGCUAUAUCACCGGACGAACGAUUGUUGCCACACCACGACAGGUUGUUGUUGUUGGAACGACCGUCGCGGGAACGGUACCGCACUGCGGACGAUUUCUCCCGGCACAGUGCUAGCCGGGACCGAAGCUUAUCGUCCGUGCUGAGCGACAUCAGCUCGGGAAGCAGUUGUUUCGGGACGGUACGGGCAAGCGAAGCGUACGGCAGUCCGGUGUACGAAGAUCUCACGGACGAGGAUGAGAUUCGGUCGCUGGAAGAGAUGACGGAUUCCUCCAUGAACCUGUCCGUGGCGCCACCCCCCGUAAUCAAACACAAGAAGCGCAAGAAAGAGAAGCGUAAGAAGGAAAAGGCGCGGGAACGGGAGCGCAAACGGGCGAAAAAGGAUAAGCGGCGCCAGAAGGAAAUACUCGAGGAGCGUAUCUGUCCGCCCGAGCACGAGGUGGCCCAGUCGAAGGAAAUAUUCGCUUCCGGGCAAAACAUUCUGGUCAGCGUCAGCUUCAUCGACAACGACAAGCCGAAGGAUCGAAGCGACCGGCACAAGAAAAGCAAGCGAAAGAAGGCCAAGAGGGAAAAGACUCGCGAAAAGCUAAUCGUUACCAAAGAGGAGCGUGCAUCCGAUGCGGCAACGUCUGCCCGAAGUCCGCACAGAGACAGUCCCAGCCCGGCGCGAGACCUAGAGAAGAAGGACGUGAAGGAAAAGUACAACCUUAAGCAGCAGGCCACGCAAUCGGAGCAGGAAAAGAAGCAGGAGAGCCAGCAGCAGCAGCAGCUACAACAACAAAACGAUCAACAUUCAACAUCCGUUCAUCAAUCACCAGACCAGAAGCUUCCACCGGCAAAGAAAAAGAAGCUCGAUCCGGGUGUAAAGCCGGUGAUGGUGAUCGAUCUCGAACGAUCGCCCGGUGGGCAAGUAAUAUCGAGCCCGAAAGAGGUCAUUGUGCUGAGUGACGAGGAAGGUAAGAGGGCGCUGGCACAACGGGGGACCGGUAAGGAGGAAACGAAACCGAACGAAGCGGAUCAAAGCAAUCGCGGCCCGAACACCCCGCCGGAACCGGCGCCCAAAUCGCCGGACUCGUACGAUCCCUUCGAGCCGACGAAAUCCUCCCCCAGCACGGCCAUCUCUCGGCGCGAUUUGGGUAGCAUAUCAUCGCUCAGCUUUCUCGACCAUCAUACCCACCAGGAUGCGGAUGCGCAGAAAGAGGCGAAAAAUGACUUCCAUCACCACCAUUCGGCCGCGCAGCAUGCUCUCCACCACCACCACCAUCAUCAUCAUGGGCAUCAUCCCGCUCACCACGGGCAUGGCCACCAUCAUGGGCACGGGGGGACGGGACAGUCCGAUCAGCAAAGUGGCCCGGGCGCCGGCUUCGGAAGCGAUGUGCUCGAUCUUCAUCCGGGCUCACCGUUCGAGAAGAUGAACAACGCAAACAGUAGUCCGGCGCGUACGGCCACCACAGGAAUGCCGUACCAUCAUCUGCAUCAUCCGUCGCCGAUGAAAGCGAUCAUUAAAUCGAUGCCGAAAAAGCUGCUUGCAUCGGGCAGUGGGCGCGAUACGCGAUCGCACGGAAUGGCAGGCAAAUCGAGCCAAACGAACGCUACGAUCGGCCAGCCUAGCGGUGGUACGACCAGUGGCGGUGCCACGACCAGCGGUGGAGUUCCGUUCGAGGAUGACCUGAACGAUGGUGACAUUUCACCGUACUCGCCGCGAUCGAGUGAUUGCGACGAGCAGCUGUUUGAGCCACCGAGUCACGAUGGCAAUGGGGAAACGCAAACGAUCGCACUGACGGUGGACAAUCUGCGGAAGGUGUUUGGCAACGAUCCGAAAACGUUGUACGGUGAUCUGCGGAAAAGCUAUCAGCAUCGAUCCGUGAUAGCGGUGGAUGAAAUGUAUAAACCGCAUAAAAUGACAUUGGAAAUGCUGGAUGAGAUACCCGACUCGGCCGUUGAUAUGCAGGUGAAGGAAAAGCUCAUCAAAAAGCUCCAGCGACAGGAACGGAUCGUGGAGGAGGUGAAACAUUUCCUAAAACCCCACUUCAACAAAAAGCGCAUCGACAAGGACGAGUACAAGGAGAUAAUGCGAAAAUCUAUUCCCAAGAUUUGCCACAGUCGAUCGGGCGAAAUCAAUCCGGCCAAGAUACAGGCGUUGAUUACCGCGUACGUUAAGAAAGCAAUCGCCAAGCGGAAACUUGUCGGUGGGGAGGUGGGUUCCGCUUCCGGUACGCCGAUGGCAAACCUGGGCAGUUACGGGCAUGCCCAGGAACCGACGGCAACCGCCACCUCGGCCACACUGCCACCGGUGAUGUUAAUGAACCGUUGAAGUGGCAAGUGCAAGCAACCGUGUGAUGUACCGUUCCGACCGCCGGUGUAGUAGUGAUGAUCCUUGCACCCACACGUAAAUCCGUGACGUGUAAAUAGUAGCAAAACGCGGAGAAAAAUAGGAACAGUUCGGUAUAUGUUCGGCUAAGGGAAGAGGGAUGGUGGCGAUCGAGUUAAGUGUGAAUCGAAAGGUGCCGACGCCGUUCCUGCUCUCACGUGUGGUCCUUCUGCUGUAAGUGUAUAUUUAGUAACCGAUCGCUUCGCUCGUACUGUUCCGCGCGUUACCCCGUUACAGUGUACGUUACGCGUUACAGUGUACGUGUACGCGAUUACGAUGGCUACUUUACCGCAUCCGUAGCAACGGGGGUUUUACACGAUCGUUUUUCUUCCACACUCAUACACAAACGGCGCGCUAGUGUUUACGUAGUGUACAUAAUACAUGCUUAUGAUUUCAUUCAGGAAGAAAGCGAUCUACAUUGCCAUUUAGGGAGUCGGUACCGCACCGCACGACCGACGUACGGAAUAUGCGUAUCGGAUGGUGCAAAAGUGUGUGUGUGUGUCCUUAAAUCCUUCCGCCGGUUAAGUGACCAGAGUGCUUGUGCGUAUGUGUGCGUGUGUUUUGAAUCGUGAUUUGCAAGGAUCCGGUACGUACCAAACGUACCUGACGGAAGAGAAUCUGCAAGAAAGCAACUGCAAUGAGUGUGACCAAAUGGCAAACGGCAAUUACGAUACGUUUAAUGUAGCACGUUUCAAUCUUUACGUUACCCGUUAUUUUGAGUAUCGUUUCGUAGUCGUUUUAUUUUGUAAGAAGCCGGUUUAAAAAAGGGUAAUUCACUCUAAGUGUUCACAGUGAGGCGACGGAGUGGACGACGGCUUACAAGUUAGUGCAUCUGCAUUCGUUGUUCGCGUCACGAGACACACUCCCCAUCCGAAGAGUCACUUAGUUCGUGCUGUUUAUGGUUUAGUAAGUUUUUAUAGAAAAAUCCGACAAAUGAUGUUGUAUGUGUUGUUCAAAACGUAUCGGGCCAAUCAAACACGACUCGACUGAAAGAUGAACCGCGUGUGUCUCCCGCUCACCCACACGCAAGAAAGACUGUGUGGCUGGAUGAUGGACCACAGGGAACGGAGGAGCGUCACGCCAGCAACGAGUGGAAAAGGAUUAUUCUUUUAAAUGCAGACACAGAAAACAAACAAGAAUUUAUUUAACUACCGUCCAGCGGGCGGUAUAUCUUUGUCCAAUCCUGCACCAAUUCGGUAUGUAAAGUAUGUGAUGACACCAACACGAGGACACAUGUACACAGCACACACCUAGGAAGGAAGAUGUUUCGAGAGAGAGCGAGAGAGUGAGAGAGAAUGAGCGAUCCUCUCGACUGAUUGUCCUGCCGUGACGAACAAGCAAGAAAAUAAAAUGUAAAUAGUUUAUGAAGUGAUUUAAACAGAAAACA